AUGCCAUUCCUCGAGGACUUGAACAAUUCCUCCCUAGCUGUCCGCCUUGAGGGUACGCCUACGAGUACCUGGACUUCCACGCAACCCCCACACUUCGGCCACACACCCUGGCCACAGGUCAUGUCACAGCAGAGUGAUACCGCGCAGUCCUAUCAACCGAAUUCAUAUCCCAGCUAUUCAGCGCCCUCUAUGGCUGCUCAAUUCAAUUAUCCUCCACCUGAAGGGCAAGGGCAAGCUAAUUCUCCCUCUGGAUCGAACAUGGCUCAUCCUAAUAUCAGCUUGCCUCCCAUUCGAUCGAUUGAUGGCAUAUCUCAGCCACAACAUCAGCAGUCGCAACAAGGCGGACAACCUUCUCCCAUGGGCUCCGCAAUGCCACCAAACAUGGGCCAGUACUACGGACAAGGUCAAUAUCCACCCCCUACCUCCGACCCAAACGCCCCUGUUCGAUACCCCAUACCGCCAGACGGCAGGCAAAUGUCCGGCGGGCGACACAAGAAGGAGAUCAAGCGGAGGACAAAGACUGGGUGUCUGACUUGUCGCAAGCGCCGCAUCAAGUGUGACGAAACCCAUCCAGCUUGCAGAAAUUGUCAGAAAAGUAAACGCGACUGUUUAGGUUACGACCCGAUCUUCAAAUCACAACCAGGGCCAACAGCUAUCCAGCCUGCCCUUGGUGCUGCGUCCUCUACACAAUCUGCAAAUUCGUCGCCAUACCCACCACCCCCUCAAGGCUACGUGCACGCUGGCUCUCAAGGCUACGGUCCAGCAGGGACAGAUUCAGAAACUUCUACCGUCCAACCUUACGACUACGGUGCUGCUAUAGACCCAACACUUGAAGGGGGAGCAGCACAAAUGCAAGACAGCAAGGAGCCAUUAGGGACGGGGACUCCGUAUCCAUCAGCUGCGUCGGAUCAGCAAGGCCAUCGAGCGAAGCGAACAAAGAUCGAAGAGCUCCUCUGUAUAAGGGGGGUAUCCCCUCCUCCGCCUGCACCACCAACUACGAUUUCGGCUGCUACACGUGAAGAGAUCAAACACAUAUGGAUUACCGUGUACGCACCCGGCAUAGACAAGUUCCUGGAAACCAAGUGGUUUGGACUGAGGGGCAUGACACAUCUUAUGCAAAACAGUCGGCUGUGCGACCAAUUCCAAACACUCAUUCAACGAUACGCUAUAGAUCGGACGCACCCUAGCUACUAUCAAAAUUGGGGAGUCACACAGAGCCUCGAGGCCACAGUGGUCUGGGCAAUGAUAGGAAUGUGCCGGCAAGUUGCGGGUAAAUCACCAGUCGAUGAGCAAGAUAGCAAAGAAGGGGUUCGUGAUGCCGCUAAGAGAAUGGAAAUUUUCGAAAACUUAGUGACUGGGGAAUAUCUUGAUUCCUCCUCAGCACCUUCACAGGCGUCUGAAGAGAGCAAUGGCACAGCUCUAAACGACCAACUGAAAACCCGCGAGCGCGACUUCUGGCGCCUCGUCCACACAUUCCUCACCAUUCAAGACGACGAGGCUAGCGCUGCCAAACAAAUCGACGACACGCUCACAAGCUGCCGCGGCCUCCUGGACAGCCGGGAGAACAGAGACGUCAUCUAUUCAGUGAUGGUUGCUCGACAUGUCGGAGCACGCAUAUCAGAAUUUCCGGAAAACUUGCAGCAGCCUGCAAACAACGACGAGGACAGUGCGAGGACAAAGGUGUUCGUGGCGAAGAAGUUCAUCGAGGAUGAGUCGAACGGGAAGGGGACUAAUCAGGUCGUCCAAAGACUCUGCGGCAUGGCUCACAGAAGCUCGAGUAUCAGGCGCUAG